GUGUGAGGACCUGCUAAACUCAACCGAAAUAAAUAAAAUUAACAAAGAGUUGCUGAUAGAAACGAUGUACAGGGUCGGAGCCGUAGACGAAAGACGGCAGCCGGUUCCAGACCUCUGGCUUUAAAUCAGCCUUCCUCAACCAGGCUUCAAAGAGCCAGGGAGGUGCGGUCGCCGGAAGGCGCUCCCCGGAAGACCCAUGCUCAAGGUCGCCCGCUCGGCGCGCUCUUUCCGCUCUAACACUCCCGACAGGUCGCGGGUCACCAUCGCCAGCAGAAAACGCCUGGAGGAUGAAGAGGACACCAGUUACUGGCGCUCGGCCACCUUUGGCGUCCUGCUCACCUCUGCCAUUCUGGCCACGCUGGUGACACUUAUGUGCUUCCAAGUGGACAAGCUGUCGAAACAGGCCGAGAGUCACAAGGACGUGCUGGAGCUACAGAUCAUCAUCCUGACUGAAAUUCUGAGGCAGCUACAGAUCGGCAAAGCUAUCAACUGCAGUGUGUGCAAGAUGCAGUGGUUGCAGCACAAAGAUUCCUGCUACCUUUUCCGAGAAAGGAAGAUGGGCUGGCGUUCCAGCAUGGGCUUCUGCAGAGACGAGUUCUCCUCCCUGGCCGCCAUCCACAACGACACAGAACAGAUGAACUUUCUGAGGUUUGAAUCAAAGAAACAUUUCCGCCAGCACCGUGGCAAGAAUAAAUACUACAAAUUUUGGAUGGGCCUGACGUACGACGUCGUCACGAAGCAAUGGAAAUGGGCAGAUGGCUCUCUCUAUGACCCCAAAAUGCAUGGAAAGCUGCCUCCCAAGGGCUGCGCCUACCUCCAAAACGGAUUGCUUUUCUCCCAGGAGUGUGAGGAAUUGGCUUACGUCAUGUGUCAGACGGCGCUUCGGUUUGGCUGGAGUUGAGCAGCUGUGGAAGAGGAGAAGGAGGCGCAGAAGCAAGUGUGGGUAUGUGGUUGUGAUCCCAACAUGUCGUCGGAUCAGGACCCCCUCCUCUCCCCCAUCUCACGGCAGUGUUGUGGCCGUUUCCCUUCAGAAGUCCCCAGAACGUUAAAGUAAAUAAAUUUUCAUUUCUCAGAA